AUGGUUGAGAAGGAAGAAGCUAUGUUCCGCUCUGCGGAAAUGAGCUUGAUCCAGCUUUAUGUUCCCCAAGAAAUAGCUAGAGAUACGGUUUAUGGCCUGGGAAACCUAGGAAUGGUCCAGUUUAGAGACUUGAAUACGAAGAUUCGUAUGUUCCAGAGAACCUUCGUUCAGGAGAUUAGAAAGCUCGACAACUUGCAAAGGCAGUACAGAUAUUUCAACUCUCUUUUGCAAAAGCACAACAUAGCGCUUUACGAGGAGUACGAUGAGGAUGACAAGAGGUUCCAACUACCUCCAGGAUCAUCUGCUAUCGACGACCAUGUGGAAAAUGGUUCAUUGAUUGAGGAGCGUCUGGUACAGCUUGUGGAAGCAAGUGAACGGUUAGAGUUACAGAAGGCCGAUCUGGAACAAUACAGAUAUGUUCUUAAAGCUGGUGAUGAGUUCUUUGCUAACACUGGCGCGUCUGGUUCCGGCGAUGAAUUACUCUCACGUUCCGUGUCUUUUGUGACCGGUGUGAUUCCAAGAGCUAAGGUUGGUACCUUAGAACAAAUUCUCUGGAGAGUUUUGAGAGGUAACUUGUUUUUCAAGCACGUGGAACUACCUCAACCUGUUUACGACGCCAAGUCAAAGACGAAAGUUGCCAAGAAUGCUUUCAUCGUAUUUUCGCAUGGUGACUUUAUUCUACAACGUAUCAAGAAAAUUGCUGAAUCGUUGGAUGCCAAUCUUUACGAAAUUAGCGAAAGUCAAGAGGAACGUUCCAAGGAGCUUGGUACUUUGAACACUCGUCUGGGUGAUGUUUAUACUGUUUUGGACACCACUACCACAACAUUGGAGACCGAACUGUACGCUGUUGCGAAAGUUUUGAAUUAUUGGAACAAGGAGGUCUCACACGAAAAGUCUGUGUACGAAAUCCUAAACUUGUUCAACUUUGAUUCAAACAGAAAGACCUUGAUUGGUGAAGGUUGGAUCCCAACAGAUGAACUUGACACUUUGCAACAGCAACUUGCCAAGUUGACAUCGACAUUAGGUGUUGAUGUUCCUUCUAUCGUUCAAGUCUUGGAAACUAACAGAACACCACCAACUUUCCAUAGAACCAACAAGUUCACAGAAGCAUUCCAGAAUAUUUGUGACUGUUAUGGUAUUGCAACUUAUCGUGAGGUUAACCCUGGUCUACCAACCAUUGUGACUUUCCCAUUCAUGUUUGCUGUCAUGUUUGGUGAUAUGGGUCAUGGUGCUUUGAUGGCCAUGGUUGCUUCCCUACUAGUGAUUUACGAAAAGAAGUUGGGUAAAAUGAAGAGAGAUGAGAUCUUUGAUAUGGCCUACUCUGGUAGAUACAUUCUUCUGCUCAUGGGUUUGUUUUCCAUUUACACUGGUUUCUUAUACAACGAUAUGUUCUCUAAAUCCUUGACUUUGUUCAAGUCAGGCUGGAAGUGGCCAGAUCACUGGGAACUAGGUGAAACUAUUUUCGCUAAGCAGGUUGGUGUCUAUCCAUUUGGUUUGGACUGGGCUUGGCACGGAACUGAAAAUGGUUUACUGUUCAGUAACUCCUUUAAAAUGAAGCUUUCUGUUUUGUUGGGUUUCAUUCACAUGACUUACUCCUACAUGUUUUCGCUUGUGAAUGCAGUUUAUUUCCAGAACUGGAUAGAUAUCAUUGGUAACUUCAUUCCAGGUCUGUUGUUCAUGCAAGGCAUUUUCGGUUACUUGUCUGUUUGCAUUGUCUACAAGUGGAGUGUAGACUGGGUAAAGGACGGAAAGCCUGCUCCUGGUCUAUUGAAUAUGUUGAUCAACAUGUUCUUGUCACCAGGUAACGUUGAGGAACAUCUCUACCCUCAUCAAGCUACUGUUCAAGUGUUCCUGUUGGUUAUUGCAUUGAUUUGUGUACCAUGUUUGCUGUUGAUAAAGCCAUUGCAUUUCAAAUUCACUCAAGAGAAGCACCAUCAACAUCAGCCACUACCAGGGUCUGAAGAAGGUGCCUCCUCGCAAAACCAACUUGAACUUCUGGAGGAUGAUGAUGAUGAAGAAGAAGCUGCCGGUCAUAACUUCGGUGAUGUUAUGAUUCACCAAGUUAUCCACACCAUCGAAUUCUGUUUGAACACCGUUUCCCACACUGCUUCCUAUUUGCGUCUGUGGGCUUUGUCUUUGGCUCACGCACAACUGGCAGCUGUUUUAUGGACCAUGACUAUCCAAAUUGCUUUUGGUAUGACAGGUUUCAUUGGUGUAUUCAUGACUGUGAUCCUUUUCGCCAUGUGGUUCGUGUUGACCUGUGUAAUUUUGGUUGUCAUGGAAGGUACGUCCGCCAUGCUUCACUCUUUACGUUUGCACUGGGUCGAAUCGAUGUCUAAGUUCUUUGAAGGUGAAGGUACACCAUAUGAACCAUUUGUUUUCAAGGCUGUGGACUUUGAAUCUGAGCCUUAA